GCCGAGUCCGAUGCAAGCAAGCAUUGCGAUGCUCUCAAGUCUAUACAAUUGAAAACUCGUCGAAACAUCAAAGGCUGAACCCUUGGCUUGUGCAAGGCACACCGCCGAAUUUUCAAUGGGCCACACUGCAUCGGCGGUCCGUUUUGAAGUGUCGUCUUCUCUCCUGUUCGUUCUGCAACCUUAGCUGUGGUGGAGUUGUACGACAUCGCGGUAUGCUGUUUGCGGCUACCGACCCUGCUACCUUACCAGAGUUCCUACACCGUCAGCCGGCCGUCAACAACAUUCCUGGAUGGUGGCCCGCCGCCGGAAUGGAAAAGUCAGCAAUCCAAUGCUUCCGUUCAUCAUUAAGGGGAACGAGCUGAAGAUUUGUCAACCCUAACCCUGCUUGCAGCAGUGGAUCCCAUGUCCCUCGCGACGAGAUUCUCAACUUGAUGAUCUCAGAAUGCGGCACAAGAUGAAGCGCCUCGCUAAGUUCGCUCUUAUCGCCCCGGGACCCCUCAAACCACCGAAAACACUCCCUCGCCAUGUUAGGCAUGUCUGCUACUGCGGCUGGGCUCCGCGUGUAAGCAAGAUUGACACCAGGCAAUUUUCGCAGUCGGCGCGGCGUGUCUCCGACUCAUUCACCUACAAGAAGUACACGCUGCCACAGAACUACAAACCAGCCGCUGGCAUCGAUCUUCCGGCAAAAAUGAACGCUGUUCAACAGCGUCCGCGCAAGCGGACGGCGUACAUUGCUCUGGGCAGCAACUUGGGUGAUCGCAUUGGCUGGAUCGAGAGAGCCUGCAACGAGAUGGACGCGAGGGGGAUCAGCGUGAAGCGGACAAGCAGCUUGUGGGAGACGGAGCCCAUGUACGUGCUAGAUCAGGAUAGAUUCGUCAACGGCGCCUGUGAGGUUGAGACGACCCUGGAACCCCUUGAAUUGCUCGACGCGCUCCAAGACAUUGAAAGGACGCUGGGCCGCAAGAAGAUCAUUGACAAAGGCCCUCGGAACAUAGAUCUCGAUAUUCUUCUCUAUGAGAACAUCACAUUCAACCAUGAACGCCUCAAAAUCCCUCACAUUGGCAUCCCGGAACGCGAAUUCGUUCUUCGACCCCUAUCCGAACUCAUUCCAGACAAACCAAUCGAUCGCGCCCGCCCUUGGCGUCUAACAGCAGACUACCUCGACGCCCUGCCACCUUCUAGAACCCCGCUCACAACCAUGACCCCCCUCUCGUCGCACCACCCACCGAUCCAAGCCCUCAACCCGUCCCGCAAAACGCACGUCAUGGCCAUCCUCAACAUGACUCCCGACUCAUUCUCAGACGGCGGCCAAAACACGCCCGCCGACCGAUCCUCUCUCCACCAGACAAUAACCACCUUCCUCGACGCAGGCGCGACCAUGAUCGACAUCGGCGGCCAGUCCACUGCCCCUGGCGCACCCGAGGUCCCGCUCGAGGAGGAGCUGGCGCGGGUGCUCCCCGCGAUCCGGCUCAUCCGCUCCGAGUUCGCCUCGCGGCCCGUCCUCAUCUCAGUCGACACGUAUCGCGCGAAGGUGGCCGAGGCAGCCGUCGCAGCCGGCGCAGACAUUGUCAACGACGUGUCGGGCGGGUCCAUGGACCCUGAAAUGCUCCCCGCCGUCGCGCGGCUCGGCGCCACCAUCUGCCUGAUGCACAUGCGCGGCACGCCGGCCACCAUGAACUCCCUCGCCGAGUACCCCGCCAGCGAGGGGGGCCUGAUCGGCGGGAUCGCGAGGGAGCUGGUGGCGCGGGUGCGGGCGGCCGAGGAGGCCGGGGUGAGGCGGUGGCGGAUCGUGCUGGAUCCCGGGCUGGGAUUCGCAAAGAUCGGGCCGCAGAACGUGCACGUGCUGCGGCAUCUCGAGGAGUUGAGGAGCUGGCCUGGCCUGCAAGGCCUUCCGUGGCUGGUUGGGUCGAGCAGGAAGAGCUUUAUCGGGCGGGUGACCGGGGUGCCGACGCCAAAGGAGAGGAUCUGGGGCACCGCGGCGACGGUUGCGGCUGCCGUGCAGGGCGGCGCGGAUGUGGUGAGGGUUCAUGAUGUGAAGGAGAUGGCGCAGGUGGUGGCCAUGGCGGACGCUAUCUGGCGGUAUUAAGAGGUCGAGCGGAUAUUCAACAUACGAUAUGGCACUGUACAUUCAUUGUACAUAUUGGAUUCAACAGUACACAGGAAGAAGUAGGGGUGUUGGUUUGUAUUGGGAAAAAGACCGUCAGGGCUUCCAGACAACCACUUGUUAGGUAUUCGCCUGUUUGUUCUCUCCGAGCCAUUGUUAGAUG